AUGGCAGGAAGCUGCAAAAAUGAGGAGCGUGUUUUUCGUGAACGCAUGCGUCCCAGGAAGAGGCAGGGAGCUGUCCGGAGGAGAGUGCAUCAAGUCAACGGGCACAAGUUCAUGGCCACCUACCUGAGACAGCCCACCUACUGCUCACACUGCCGCGACUUCAUCUGGGGUGUAUUAGGAAAGCAAGGGUAUCAGUGCCAAGUGUGCACCUGUGUAGUUCAUAAACGCUGCCAUGAGCUGAUCAUCACUAAAUGUGCAGGUCUAAAGAAACAGGAGGACACCACAGAGGAGGUUGGAUCUCAGCGCUUCAGCGUCAAUAUGCCUCAUAAGUUCCGGAUUCACAACUACAAAGUCCUCACGUUCUGUGACCACUGCGGUUCAUUACUGUGGGGUCUGCUGCGGCAAGGGCUGCAGUGCAAAGUUUGUAAGAUGAAUGUGCACAAGCGCUGUGAAAGUAAUGUAGCUCCUAACUGUGGGGUGGACGCCAGGGGCAUCGCCAAGGUCCUGUCCGACCUCGGAGUCACUCCAGAUAAACUCUCCGGCAGCGUCCAGAGGAGAAAAAAAAUCUCUCAGGGUCCAGAUCCACAACCCUUACCCAUAUCCCCACUGUUAGAAGAGGACCGAUCCAGAUCUGCACCUACAUCACCAUGUGACCAGGAUACAAAGGACAUAGAGAACAUCAGGAAGGCACUUUCGUUUGACCAUCGAGGUGAAGAGCUAAAGCCAACCUCGUCCUCCUCUCUGACCGAGGGAGAGUCAGAAGAGACGGGGGAGGCGAGAGAGAACGGAGAGGUGAAGACCGUCCAGACCAAACGGAUGAUGCUGGAAGACUUCUCCUUCAUCAAAGUGCUCGGGAAAGGCAGCUUUGGCAAGGUGAUGCUGGCUGAGUUAAGAGGCACUGAUGAGGUUUUUGCGGUGAAAGUGUUGAAGAAAGACGUCAUCCUGCAGGACGAUGAUGUGGACUGCACCAUGACUGAGAAACGCAUCCUAGCCCUUGCCAGAAAACACCCUUAUCUUACCCAACUGUACUGCUGCUUUCAGACCAAGGACCGUUUGUUCUUUGUUAUGGAAUAUGUGAAUGGCGGAGACCUGAUGUUCCAGAUCCAGCGUUCACGCAAAUUUGAUGAAGCUCGUUCCCGGUUCUACGCUGCUGAGGUGACCUCAGCCCUCAUGUUCCUGCACCAAAAUGGGGUCAUUUACAGGGAUUUGAAACUUGACAACAUUCUGUUGGACGCAGAAGGUCACUGUAAGCUGGCAGACUUUGGCAUGUGUAAGGAGGGAAUCCUGGAUGGCAUCACGACCACAACAUUCUGUGGCACACCAGAUUAUAUUGCCCCAGAGAUCUUGCAGGAGCUUGAGUACGGCCCAUCAGUGGACUGGUGGGCUUUGGGUGUGCUGAUGUACGAGAUGAUGGCUGGUCAGCCUCCUUUUGAAGCAGAUAACGAAGAUGACCUUUUUGAGUCCAUUCUCCAUGAUGACGUUCUAUAUCCCGUGUGGCUCAGCAAAGAGGCCGUCAGCAUUCUUAAAGCGUUCAUGACGAAGAGUCCCAGUAAGCGGUUGGGUUGUGUUGUGACCCAAGGACUGGAGGAAGCUAUUAAAGUGCAUCCAUUCUUCAAAGAGAUUGAUUGGGUACAUCUGGAACAGAGGAAGAUCAAGCCGCCAUUCAAACCACGUAUUAAAACCAAAAGAGACGUCAACAAUUUUGACCAGGACUUCACCCGUGAGGAGCCGGUGCUCACCCUGGUAGAAGACGCCAUUAUCAAGCAAAUCAACCAGGACGAGUUCAAAGGCUUCUCUUACUUCGGUGACGAGACUCUGUCUGAAACCUAAAACCUCCAUCUCUUGCGCUGUACUUCGCACACAAGUGCGCUGCCAACGCUGUAAACGCCCACAAGCUCACUGUAGACCAUCAUUCACCAAGAAUAAGAUGCUUUCAUUUUAAACAGUUAUUAAGGCAUUCAAAUUUUUCCUGCUGAACCACACAAAAAAAAAACACAUAGAUCCUCACACAUGUCCACCAAAUGAAACAGAGUAAUCUUUAUUUCAUGUAUGUAAAACACACUGAGCUAUACUUAGAGGAGCUCGUGUGACAUCACUAAAGCAGAUGGAUUGAGCUCAUUCGAAUCUUAUGGAAAGCCAUUUCAUGUUUCAUUUCUUCUCCCAUAAUCCAGUGUGUCGGGGUACAUUUAGACGAGCACCGUUUGGAAAUGCAAAAAAAGACCAAAUGUAAAGAAUCAGUGUUUGUAUUGCAGACGUGAUGCUUCUGAACGUGUGAAUUGGGAGUUUUAAAGUACUCAGCAUUGGGAUCUGAUCAGACAGAGAUGGGGGGACUGGGAAGGUGAUGCACAGACUCAGAACUGCCUUUCAUUAGACCAUCACACCGUUUCCAUUUCAAACAGCAGUAUUGACAUAUACUCGUGCCACCAAAACAAGUUGUGUGUAUGUGUGUGUGUGCUGGAGGAUAAUGUUACAAAAUGUCCCUCUUUAGUGUGUGUGUUCAUUAUAUUACUGGAUUGUUUUGUUGCUAGGAUGUGAAACCUGCUGAUUUCUCUACAAUGCAACGAAGCCCAUCAUAACGAACGGGUCAGGACAGUAGCCAAUCAUGUCGCUCCAGUCUACAAUACAUACAUGUCCUGAGUACCCUAAUUGUUAGCCUGUGAACUUUGAAAAUAGACUAAUCAUCUACUGCAUGGUUAUGCCUAUGAUAUUCUCAUGUAUUAUUAGAAUAUGAGAAACAGUUAUGUGCAAUAUUCUGUGUGUGUGUGUGCGUGCGUGCCCCCCCUCUCCAUUUCACCUUCUGAUUCAAUGCCUCUGAUUUCCACUGUUUCUUUUAGGCGGUUUGUUUUGUUUGCUGAUUGUUAGGUUGCCAGGUCAUGUGAUUUCCAGCACAGGUCCUUUAGUUCAGCUGCUACAGCCUCUGUCUUUCAUGUACUUUAGUUUAACAAGAGACCAAAUAUUAAGAUCCUGUGGCAAAAAAAAGUUAAAUGCAUACAAAUGAUCUUCCAUUCUAAACAUCGCACAACUUUCUCACCUGUGAUGCAAAAUUUAAGUUUUUUUUUUUUUAAAGAAAAUCCAAUCAGUUCAUUAUAAUAAACAGAAUAAAUAAUGACCACAUUUAUAAUAAAUGCAACAUCUUAAACAUUUUAUUGCAAGUUUAUGUAUGUUUUUGUUUUAGAUAUUUUUUAAAGUCACCAUGAAAUCAAAAUUGACAAUUCUUAUUUUGUAUGGAAUUUAACAGAAUAUUAUUUAUUAUAAAUUAUUUAUCUACACACAUCAUUAUUUUAAAAGUCAUGUUCCCUCAUAAACUUGAAUCAAAAGAACUUCCCCUCCCUCUUGCAGACAUCUCUUCUCUGAUGACAUGUUUACUGGCAUGAGGGCGGGACAUUGAGCCGGUCCUGGUCUUAAUGAGCACCAUUUAUCUGUAAUUUGAAGUAAUACAAAAAAAAAAAAAAAACUUGCCCUAUAAGUCUCUUUAACCCCUUGCAUCCAAACACCUUCAUUUUACUGUGAACACACUUUUCACAGUCCAAUCAAUUCCUGUUGCAUAAUAUUUAUUUAAUUUUUAUUUCAUGUCCUUUACAUUUAUUCUCAUAUAUAAGAUCACCAAAAAGAAAAAAAAGGCUUAUGACCAGUGUUUUAUGUUGACUUUGAGGCUUUUUUUUUUAGUUUUCACUUGCUUGGUUAUUUUCUCUGAACUGGCAUCUAAAGGCCUCGACGGAGCAAAACUCACGGAAACUCACACAGCAGCACCUAUCAAAUACCUGUGCCCUGAUGAGCAUUUUGGACUUCAUGAGUGACAUGUUUAUUUUUUUCUUUUUACUGUUGAAAUGACUAUAGGAAACACAUUGACAUGUUCAAGCAAACUAGAUGAAAAAGUACCUCUUUGGUUAAACGUGAAUCUGUGUAUCACAUAGGAAUACAUAUUUGUAUAUACAGAGGUACAGUGCAUUUUAAUAUAAGUUAUACAAGUGUAUUAUGUCACUGUAAGUAUCAUAAAUGUGUAUGUAUUACUUUUUUUGUAUUGUAUUUUGCAGCUUCAUAUGUACAGUAUGUCAUAAGACGUGUUUUUUUUGUUUGUUUUUUUUUUUACAUCUUUACCAUUAGUCACUGUCAUGUCGUUAUUUGCAUUUUACUAUGUGCCAAAUGUACUGUUCUCAAAGGAUGUGAAUGUCCAUUGUUUGGUUUGUAACCUAAUAAAUAAGAUGUCAUAAAUUAA